AGGACUAUUUUCAUCAGCGGAUUAAAACACAGUUGCUGCUCUAACAAAUAUCUCCUGUCUGUUACUCUUAACUGUGCUUUCCUCUUCCAGGUGAGAUACCACGAGGACUUUGAGAAGAGUAAGGGCAGCUUCACUCCCACCAGCACAGACCUAACAACUGAGCGUGUGAAGAAGAACACGCAGGAGUUCAGCGACAUCAACUACCGUGGUAUCACCAGGAAAGUGGUGGAGAUGGAGAGGAGGAGGGCCAUCGAGCACGACCAGGAGACCACCACCGAUCUGCGUGUCUGGCGCACAAACCCCGGCUCUGUGUUCGACUACGACCCGGCCGAGGACAACAUCCAGUCCAGGAGUCUGCACAUGAUGUCAGUGCAAGCUCAGCGCCGCAGUAAGGAGCACUCCCGCUCCACCAGCGCUCUGAGCGGCCUCGCUGACGAGAAGUCUGAAGUUUCCCUGGACCCUGAACACCACAUGUCCCACUACAGCAACGGCUUCAUGGCCUCCUCCACGGGUAAAUACUCCAGAUUAAAACCCCAACAAUUCUGA